UUUUGGGCGAUCGGCCAUGGCCGGGGAAGAGUCUCACAGCAGCUUGCAAGGCGGUUCUCUGGAGAUCACUCCAACAUGGGCAUUUGCGCUGGUUUGUGGCGCUUUUAUUCUCGUGUCAUUGCUGCUGGAGCGAGCGAUUCACUACACUGGCAAGUGGGUACGCAAGCGUCCGGAGAAAUCUCUAGACAAAGCUCUCGACAAAGUCAAAGAAGAGCUCAUGCUUUUGGGAUUUCUUUCUCUUCUGCUAAACGUGCUGCAGCCGUCCAUAGCCAAAAUCUGUGUGCCACGCAGCUACAUCAACCAUUUUCUUCCCUGUAAGAUCAACGCGACUGCGGUGCAAUUGCUCGGUGAGAGCCCCAAGAGCAGCCCAUCCCCGCCGCACUCAAGGAGGCUACUUUUUGUCAAUGUAGACGAACAUCACCCUCGAAGAUUUCUUGCAGGCGGGGGCAACACAGUCUCGGAGUGCUUCCAAAAGGGAAAGAUCCCAUUCAUCUCAGCCGAAAGCAUCCAUGAGCUCCACAUUUUCAUCUUUGUGCUUGCAAUUGGCCAUGUCGCCUACAGUUGCUUCACAUUACUAUUAGCCAGGCUCCAGGUUCAUGCAUGGAAUGCCUGGGAGAAGAGGGCACAGGCUCUGGUUUGCGUGGAUCCACCAGGUGUGGCCUCAAAUAGUGGCCUGAAAAGACAGAACACAUUUUUGAGGAAGCAUACCAGUUCAAUAUGGAACACAUCUUCUACUCUCAGCUGGAUCUCCUGUUUCUUUGGACAAUUUGGUAGCGGUGUCACAUUCACAGAAUACAAUACUCUUCGUCAAGGUUUUAUCCAAAACCACAGGCUUGCAAACACAUUUGACUUUCACAAAUACGUACUCCGUGUUCUUGAGGACGAUUUCAAGAAGGUAGUUGGCAUAAGUUCUCUAUUGUGGGUGUUUGUUGUUAUAUUCGUCCUACUUAAUGUCAAUGGGUGGUAUACGUAUUUCUGGAUUGGAUUCAUCCCUCUUGUGCUGCUACUUGUGGUUGGAGCCAAGCUCAAGCAUGUAAUUCUCACGCUGGCUGUCGAGAUUGCCGAAGAGCAGAGUGGCGUGAGGUGCGUGGUUGUGAAUCUACGAAACAAUUUGUUCUGGUUCAAGAAACCACAGAUCAUGCUUUACCUUCUUCACUUUAUACUCUUCCAGAAUGCAUUUGAGCUCGCUUUCUUCGUCUGGGUUUGGACAAGUUUCGGUUUUGGUUCCUGCUUCAGAAACAAGCUCAGCUUUGUUGUGGCACGCCUUGUUAUUGGAUUUCUCAUGUUGGGUCUCAGCAGCUAUAGAACUCUGCCACUCUACGCAUUAGUAACCCAGAUGGGAGACGACUUCAAAUUCGGGGAGCAAAUCCAGAGCGCUCUCACAAACUUACGUGCAAAAGUCAGGGCCACCAAGAAAAAAGGUGGCGGACAAUCAGACGCAAGCUCCAACGGCCACCAGCAUAGUCCAAACUCUAACAACCAUCAGGAAAGGAGCUCAAAUGGACAUGACCAAAGUUCUCAUCAGGAAAGAAGUUUGCAGGAUAGUCCCAAUGAGAUCGUCCACGAACCAUAGAUUUGGACUAAAUGACCAUUAAUGUUUAUAGAAUCUUAUUUACAUGCAAAAACAACUGGUAGAUC